UCUAAUGUUCUGUGAAGGCUGGUCAGCUUUUCUUCGUAACCCCAUGCAAUGGCGAGUUCGCCCGCAGCAAUAGACAACACCUUUUUCAAUAUUCCCUCAGCAGCAACAGUGACUAAUGCUUCAGCCAUUUUCACUGUUUAGAAGAGAUUGGAAGAGGGGGUGAAUGGUGGAAGAAAGAUAGAAAACAAUAAGAAUCUGUGAGAUGGUGGAACAAAGAGAGACACAAUGAAUGGAAAUGGAGAUUCAUUUGGUGGCGUGUGUAGUGGAAAAUGGUAUCGAAUCAGAAUUGAAGGUGCGCUAUCUAGUCAAAAACCCGGAAGCGCAUCCAUAGAUCCCAUCGGUGGCCAGCGGAGGGACAAAAUGAAUUAUUUGGCUUCAUAUACUUCUCCACCACGGAAUCUGCCUUGUGGAGAUCUACUUGGAAAUAGAGACGACUACCACAAAAUCUGUGUUCCUCUUUAUAAUGCAUCAAUGGAAGGUGAUUGGAAGGCUGCUCAGGACAUCUUUGACAAACAUCAACAUCUAGAUCUGGUAGGGUUUGGUAUCAGUCAAAAUUAUGAUACUGCUCUUCACAUUGCAGCAUCCACAAAAAGAACCGAGUACGGGAAACAGUUUGUAAAUAAUCUAUUGAGUAAGAUGACAAACCAACAAUUACAACUUCAGAACAUGCACCACAACACCGCACUGUGUUUAGCAGCAGAAAGUGGAAAUGUCGAAAUUGCUAAGAUAUUAAUUCAAAAGAAUAAGGCCCUGCUGGAAAUUCCUGGUAAUCAAGGAAUGAUGCCACUUCAUAUGGCAUCAAUACAUGGAAAUGACAUUGUGCGUUAUCUCUUUCACAAUUCUAGGCAGAUGACCGGUGAUCUUUGGACAGAUCAGAAUCGUAGUCAGGUUCUCCAAAACUGUGUAGAGGUUGAUAUGUUUGAUAUUGCCUUGACUAUAGUGACUGAGCGACCAGAACUUGCUCUUAAUGGGAAUGUACUCCAAGUUCUUGCUCGAAAGACGAAUGCAUUUGAACUGAAUCAUACACCGCCGUUUUACCGGAGAGCCAUACAUCGAUAUCCUGCAGAAGAACUGACUGAUGCCACGCGAUUACUUCGAAUCGUUUGGUCAAAUAUUCUGAAGUUGCCCAUCGAUACAAUUGAUGACAUUCUCAGAGGCCCUGCAGACGUUAUCAAAGGACCAUCAGACAUAAUUAUUACCAAAGAUGGAAAGAAAAAGCCAAAGCACUCUUCACGAGUACUAUUCAUAGCUGCAGAGAGGGGAAAUACUAAAUUUCUAGUUGAGCUCAUCCGUGAAUAUCCUGAUUUAGUAUGGAAGACAGACGAUAACAACCAAAGUAUAUUUCAUGUUGCUGUCUCACACCGUCAUGUAGAUAUCUACUGCCUUCUCUAUGAGCUCGGCUCAAUGCAAAACAUGAUAACAUCUCUCCAAGACGUGGAAGGAAAUAACAUGUUGCACUUAGCUGGGAAGAGGUCAAAGACAAAUAGACCUCACGAAACUUCAGCACUUGGUCUACAAGUGCAACAUGACAUGUUAUGGUUCAUGGAAGUAGAGGCUAACAUCUCUCCUUUUCACCAUGAAACGAAGAACAACAAUGGUCAAACACCAUAUGAAUUGUUCAUGCUUGAGCACAAAGAACUAUUCUCUGCACAUGAAAAAUCCAUCAAAGAGACAGCGAACCAGUGCUUGGUGGUUGCAGCGGUCAUAGCUACCAUUGGAUUCACAGCAGCUUUUACACUCCCAGGGGGUUACAAUCAAGAUAAUGAUGGAUAUAACUGCUGA